AUGAAACUUAAUAACCUCAUUACUUGUUCUGCUUUUUGGCUUACUUUUUCUUUCCUGCAUUUGACGGUGUCAUACCAUGCCAUGAGUACCAAUGCCUUAGGAAACGAAACUGAUAGAAUUGCUUUGCUAAAAUUCAAAGAAUCAGUCUCUGAUGACCCUUAUGGAGUGCUGAGAUCCUGGAAUGAUUCCACUCACUUCUGCAGCUGGAAUGGAGUAACAUGUGGUCACAGACAUCAAAGAGUAACAGGUUUGAAGUUACGAGACUACAAAUUGAGUGGUAAUAUAUCACCUUACAUUAGAAACCUCACAUUUUUGAGGUCCUUUAACCUAAUGAACAAUAGCUUCUUCGGUGAAAUCCCAUACCAAGUUUGUCAUUUAUCUCGAUUACAAAAUUUGGCUCUCAGUUUGAAUAAGUUACAAGGUGAAUUGUCAUCAUUAAACCUGAGUUAUUGCUUGGAACUUAAGAGAGUUAAAUCUUGGAGAGAACAGACUUACAGGGCUAAUUCCCACUGA